AAUCAUUACUUGAUUUUAUUAGUCAUAUUAUGUUUUUGUCUUAAUAAUUUAAUGAUUAACCAACGAUUAGGUCGUCUAAUGACAUUUUAAAUGCCGUUCAGAAGCCUUAUAAACACUUGAACGAAUCAAUUAAUCUUAAGUUCUGGAAAAAUCUGGACGUGAAAUGAGCAAAGGAGUAGAAAUCUUUUACAAGGGCCAGAAGGCAUUCUUGAACAUCCUCUCGUUGUGGCCUCAGAUAGAACGCCGGUGGAGAAUCAUCCACCAGGUGAACUAUGUCCACGUAAUUGUGUUUUGGGUGCUGCUCUUUGAUCUCCUCUUGGUGCUCCAUGUGAUGGCUAAUUUGAGCUACAUGUCCGAGGUUGUGAAAGCCAUCUUUAUCCUGGCCACCAGUGCAGGGCACACCACCAAGCUGCUGUCCAUAAAGGCGAACAAUGUGCAGAUGGAGGAGCUCUUUAGGAGAUUGGAUAACGAAGAGUUCCGUCCUAGAGGCGCCAACGAAGAGUUGAUCUUUGCAGCAGCCUGUGAAAGAAGUAGGAAGCUUCGGGACUUCUAUGGAGCGCUUUCGUUUGCCGCCUUGAGCAUGAUUCUCAUACCCCAGUUCGCCUUGGACUGGUCCCACCUUCCGCUCAAAACAUACAAUCCGCUUGGCGAGAAUACCGGCUCACCUGCUUAUUGGCUCCUCUACUGCUAUCAGUGUCUGGCCUUGUCCGUAUCCUGCAUCACCAACAUAGGAUUCGACUCACUCUGCUCCUCACUGUUCAUCUUCCUCAAGUGCCAGCUGGACAUUCUGGCCGUGCGACUGGACAAGAUCGGUCGGUUAAUCACUACUUCUGGUGGCACUGUGGAACAGCAACUUAAGGAAAAUAUCCGCUAUCACAUGACCAUCGUUGAACUGUCGAAAACCGUGGAGCGUCUACUUUGCAAGCCGAUUUCGGUGCAGAUCUUCUGCUCGGUUUUGGUGCUGACUGCCAAUUUCUAUGCCAUUGCUGUGUUAUCUGACGAGAGGCUGGAGCUCUUUAAGUAUGUGACCUAUCAGGCGUGCAUGUUGAUUCAGAUUUUUAUAUUGUGCUACUAUGCCGGUGAGGUAACCCAGCGCAGCCUGGACCUUCCGCACGAGCUGUACAAGACCUCCUGGGUGGACUGGGACUACAGGAGCCGAAGGAUUGCGCUCCUCUUUAUGCAACGCCUUCACUCGACCUUGAGGAUUAGGACACUUAAUCCAAGUCUUGGUUUUGACUUAAUGCUCUUCAGCUCGAUCGUCAACUGCUCCUACAGCUACUUCGCACUGCUGAAGCGCGUCAACAGUUAAAUUUCGAAACACCGCAGCACCUAAAGAUUUUCAAGCCGAU